GCUGGUGGAGAUUGGCUAGCUCUCGUCAACACGACAGGGGCAUGCAUCCUCCAUGCUGCACAAUUGGUUGCCAGAAAGCAGCGGCGAGAAGCAGAGUUGCCUCACGCAACUCAUUGAAGAGGAAGUCUGGCAUGACGAACGGUUGCCACAGUUUGUGCUCUAUUGUAGCAGUCAGUCUGCGACAGCAACCGGAUAAAGUUUACGGCGAUUGUGCCCGUCGCAAUGUCGUCACGGCGAUCCCAUGUCAACUCCCAUCAUUGCUGUCUCCAGCGUAACGAAGGCCGCGUCAAAUGUGACGAAGGCAAGCCAGUGUGCAGCCGCUGCCGAAAGAGGGGACUUAAAUGCGUGUAUCGACAUUUACUAGAGUCGCAAGACACAUUUUCGAAUUUUUCGCUGCAGCAAGGCCGCCCUGGUGAGAGUAGAGCAUUCGGAGUUGGUUACUUUCGGGGUAUAUUUCUACCACAUACACCAACUCCGAAGUGGCCGGGCUCGGACCCGGCAGCCGACUUUCUGCUCGGCCAUUAUUUCGGCUAUUUGGCGGUCUUCCUUGUAAGCCCGCCGAGCCAGUUUGGGGUUCUGUCAAUGUAUCAGCAAGCGAUCGAACGACAUUUGAAGGCACAAAAAUCGUGUAUUCAGCUGUUCUUGCCUUUUCUGCAACACACCUUUCAACCCAGGAAAGAUAUGUCAGGCUCCAAUUCGAGACCCAGAAUGCCCGUGUCAAAAUGUCUGAUAACCGGUCUUCACCAUAGGGCGUUGGCUUUGGAAUCGUUCCGUUCGGCACACGUAGGGAAUUUGACGCCUCCGACUUGUAAAACAGCGCUGAUGGCUGUGGGGCUCCUAAUUGCCUGCUCUUUCGCCCUUUCGCCCUUUCGCUGGUUGAUCCGUCGUGGAUGCCCAGAACCACAUGGGUCAAGUAAUUCAGGUCGCUCGACUGUUCCAAGGGGCCGUCACGCUUUUCCGCCUGGCUUGGAAAGAUCCCAAUGACGGAGCGCACCGGGCAUCAUGGUACAUCCGGCAGUCGGUGGUUAUGACGUUGUAGAAUGAGUUACCGUGGCCAGAUGCGGAACAUUCGGUGAUCAAAUCUCUGUGGUAUCGACAAACUUCGAGUUCGAUGGCG